AUGUCUAUCAAUUACAAUGCACCACAUGCAGUAGAUGUGCCUAUAACAGAUAUGGAUGAUCCAGAAGAUGAUAUAAUAUUCUCAGAACAAGAACCAAACCACCAAAACAACAAUGAAAUACAUGAAUUCUUUGAUCCACUAGAAGAUACAGAAUCCAAAAAACCAGAAAACUUAAUAAACAAACUAAAGUCAUUACUUAAUGGUACUAAAUCUAAAAGAACAAAUCAAUAUGAAAUGGUUAGUAAUUUGGAAGACCCUAGAUAUUAUGCUCAAGAUGAAAUUGAUGAACUAGAUGAAGAAGCACCAAUAGACCUAAAGGAUUAUAGAUUAAAACUACUCGAAAGAAAAGUUAGAAAUAGAACUAUAUUUGGAGGAUUAAUACUAUUGGCAAUAGUAGUAACAACAAUAAUACUAUUUAGCAAGAAGAACUUAACGAACUUUACAAGUCAAAGCACAAACAAAUCAAAAACAAUAUAUUCGAAUUCAACUCAUGAAUUUUACAAAACUACAAUUGUGGUGUCACUAGAUGGGUUUCAUCCUCAUUAUAUAAAUCCUCAUGAUACUCCCACACUACAUAACAUGUUGAUCGAAGAUUUUGGAGCUCCGUAUAUGAUUCCAAGUUUCCCAUCACUGACUUUUCCUAAUCAUUGGACUUUAGUUACUGGAUUGUAUCCCUCGGAGCAUGGUAUUGUGGGGAACACAUUUUGGGAUCCUCAACUCAACAAGCAAUUUAUCAAUACAAAUCCUGAAGUUGGUGGAUUAGAUCCUGAUUUUUGGAAAGGUGGUGAACCAAUAUGGCAAACAGCAGCGAAACAAAAUUUAAAAAGUGCUGUUCACAUGUGGCCAGGUUCUGAAGUUCCUGGAGUAGGUCCUGAGCAUGAUUUUGAUAGGUUCAAUGGAUCUGAAUUAUUAUCGUUAAAAGUUGAUAGAGUAAUGGGUUGGUUAGAUCGUGAUAUAGAGAGUAGACCUGAAUUGAUUUUAACUUAUGUACCUACAGUUGAUGAGUAUGGUCACAAGUGUGGGAUAUCGGGUGUUGAAUUGACUCAAAGUUUAACUUAUGUGGACAAUUUUAUACAGUUAAUGAGGCAAGAACUAGAGAAUAGGAACUUACAAAAUAUUGUUAAUUUGGUAGUGGUAAGCGAUCAUGGAAUGGCACCUACUGCAAAUGAUAGAUUAGUGUAUCUUGAUGAUUUGGUGGAUCUUAAAAAAAUAGAACAUAUUGAUGGCUGGCCAUUGAUUGGAUUACGUCCUAAAUCAGACGAAAAUGUUGAUGAUAUAAUCAAUGAAAUAAAUAAUAACAUUAACAAAUUGGAUUCAAAUUUAUCUAAAAACUAUAACAUUUAUAAAAUGGAAAAUAUACCUAAAAAAUUCAAGUAUGGGGGUGAAUUAAAUAAUCACAAAUAUAACUAUAGAUUAGCACCUAUUUGGAUUUUCCCAGAUGUUGGGUAUGCAAUAACAACACAUGAACAAAUGGAUAAAAUGGGAAAUGUUUACAAGCCAAAGGGAGUUCACGGGUUCGAUAACUCACAUCUUUUGAUGAGAGCUAUAUUCUUAGCCUCAGGACCAUAUUUUAAUGAGAAUUUCAAAUCUCAGAAAAUAAAACCAUUUCCAAAUAUAAAUAUUUAUAACCUCAUAUGUGACUCGUUAGAUUUGAUACCUGCUCCAAACAAUGGAACUUCUUUCAAUUUGGUGUAUAAUGAGAAAUUACCUGAGACAUGGCAAGACAAAUUAACCUUUCCAAAUUUACCAUUUGAUGUUGAACAUAUUGUAAGAAAUAAUGCAACUUAUGAUCAAUUAUGGAGACAAAGAUUAAAAGUUGAUCCAGUGGGUGUUAAUUCUGAUGCUGGUAAUUCAUUAUCUGAACAACAAAAGACAAGUAGCUCUGAAUCUCAAAGUUUACCUAGACCAAGCGAUUUUAUACCAACUACAACUAGUGAGAACUUAAUAACUAGUGAACCUACACCUACAACCACAAGAGUGCAUGAAGGAUUUGGAGAGAUAUUAGGAGAUAUAAUAGAUGGAAUUGAAGAUGGAGUAGAAGCAAUUGGGGAUGUUUUACAUAGUAUAAUAGAUGAUAAUUUUUGA